UAGAGGAGAAAAGUGUAUGACACAGUUCUAAUCACCUUCAAGUGGCUGAUGGACGGUUUUAAGUGAUCUCAUAAUGUACAAUUACGAGGAGGCCCCGAUACCCCUCAAAGCAAAUUACACCUGCAAAGACAGUGAGGAAAAAGCAGAUGAAAGAGUUAUUAUAGAAAUUGGCCGGCCUGACGACAGGCAGGAGCAAACGUUCUCACAUAAGAAAUAUGACAAGACGAUACAUCACCGAUCAUAUCCUCUGGAUAACUUUGGAGAGCCUCGGAGGAUUACUUAUUUUCGGGCACAUGAUUUGGAAUCACAGGAUGAACCGAGAUAUUUCGAGCACGACGAUUACCAGGAUAUAAGACUUAUUCAGGAGUCCAACAACUCUAGAUCAUCAGUAGAAUUUUCUCAAGAUUCACACGACCACGUAAAGUUUGUGGAUGAGCAGGAUGCUACUAUGGAUUGGAAAGAAAGAGCCUUACAACUUGAAAAGGAAUAUAAGAAGACAGCUUGCGAUAGAGAGCGAACUCGAAUGAGAGACAUGAAUCGCGCUUUUGACUUACUGCGAUCCAAACUUCCUGUGUCAAAACCAUCUAAAAAGAAGUACUCGAAAAUCGAAAGUUUACGAAUAGCAAUUUCCUAUAUCCGACAUUUGGAGUAUAUGCUUGCCGGUGGUUCUUCUGAAGAAAGUACAGUCUUCUAUGAGGUGCAUAGUCCAGAUAGAAGAAAGUCACCGAGAUUCUAAAAUUAAAUUAUAAUAUUUGUUCGUUUUAGCAAUCCAAAAUAAACAUUUAAUUGAAUCAAUUUAUUCCUAAUUAUAUUGUUAACUUCUCGCAUUGAAAU